AUGGCCUCGACACUGCCACCGGAGAAGAAGCAGAAGGCCACCAAGGCGACAACGGGAGCAGCGUCCCAACGGAAAGGUGACGGUGGUGGCAGCGGUGCGCACGUGCGCGAGGACCCCCACCACACAUGGAACCAGCAACUCAUGGAGGCCUGCCUCGCCUGCGAUGCGGCGGCGGUGCGGAAACUGAUCGAGCGCGGCGCCGACCCAGUCAACGCGCGCGAAGUGCCGCCCCUGAGCUACUACACGGGCCCCAUCAUUCAGCAGUUGCAGCUCCAGCAGCAAACCUCAUCCCAGGCCCGGUCGCACUCGGAACCGCUAAUCAUUGAUCAGCUGCGUGCGGAUCAACCACCGCGACAGCAGAGCCCGUUGAGCGGCUCGUCGUCGCCGCCUGCUGCCGCGGCAGCGGUCCCCGACAGUCUCCCUCCAUUGGCCGCGAUGCUGCUCUCCGGCCUUAACACGCCAGACGCGCUAGAGGUGAUGAAGGUGCUCAUUCAACACGGCGCGAGCGUCAACGAUGCCUUCUCGUUUUCUACAGCCCCCCUCACUGCUGCGCGGCCUGGCACGGACGUGAGCGAAAACGAGAGCGGCGGCAGCACCGCCUACGGGGCGUCGGCGAACGACAGCGGUGGACACCGCAAGAACACACGCGUCUCCAGCUCGGAUCCGAAAGGUAAGCAGUCCAUUGGCAAGAGGAAGGCGUCGGCCAUCGGGACAGCCCUUACGGCGGCGGCCGGUGGGUGUGCGCUCGUCGGCGCCGCUGUGAACCCGCCCGAGGCACCAAGGCAGGAGGAGAGCACCAUCGUUGGCUCCGUCUUGCACUACGUUGUUGCCCACGGAGACCACGCGCAACUUCUACGCCUGCUGCUCCUCGCAGCCACCGCCGUCCGCUCCGCCGCCGACGCACCGUCCGUUUCACCGUCGCUACCGCUGCCGCUGCAGCAACAGCUGGCGACGGGCGAGCCCGACGCUGAGGAUUCCACGGCGUUCUUGCCACACCUCUUUCCUGUUCCGCUUCCCUGCACCCUCUUGCCUGCCGUCGAGGCGGAGACGAUCGUUGGUGUCAUGCGGUGGCAGCACCAGCAGCGUCUCGGUGGCGCAGCAGACGCCGCCGGACCGAAUGGUUUGCCACCACCGACCGCCGCUCCGCGUGUGUCACAGUCGCGCAAGAGCCACACCGUGAGCAACGCCGCUGCAACCGCCCGCUUUUACGGCUCCGCGGCGGCAGCGCAGUCGACCACAGCAGUCCUUCCGGCACAGGAGGCGAGACCCGUGAGCGCCACCAGCCUCGUGUCGCCGUCUGCGGCGGAGGCUGUGCUGGCCGCACUCCAGCAAGUCCUGCGGCAGCGCCAGACGAGCACCGGCGGCUACCACGGCUUGCCAAUCCUCACGAGCGUGUACCCGCAACAGCAGCAGAAAGAAAACGACGCCGAGCUCGGCAGCGGAGCAGCCACGGGCAGCACCGCGGCACCGGUCGUCGUUGCCGCUGCUGCUCCAUGCAACUGGUGGAGUCUGGCCGACCUGUGCGAUGUCACUGAUGCAGUCGUUACUGACGACCUGCACCAGCGCACACGGCUCGACUUUGAUCUUCUCGACACGUGUGGCCGCUCCGCCGCGACGCUCGCACUCGAGUGCGGCGACGCGCUCUCCGUGCGGCUCCUCUCGUUCUACGGUGCGCGCGUGGCCUUUGCUGGGCAAGUGAACGCAUCGCACACCCGCCUAGCGCGCGCCUGCACCCACGGCGACGUCGCCCGCGUCGAGGCGCUGCUCCGCCAAGGCGACUCGAUCACGCAGAUCUCCGCGGACGGCCGCUACACGCUUGUGCACUACGCCGCCGCGCAACCAAGCGUCCUGCGGACGUUGGUGGAGCAUGGGCUGUCGAUGGAGUUCGAAAACGCCUUUGGGGAGUCGGCGCUGACGUCGCUGCUGCGGCACGGCACGGCACGGAACGACCCGCGGUACGUGCAGACCCUGCUGACCAUCGCCGCCGCCGUGCGCAGUGCUUCGACGGAUGGGGCGACGAACACGGCCACGGCGAACCUCGUGAACAGCAUCGGCAGCACCAUCUCCGCCAACGCCGUCCGCUUCGCGCAGCUGUCGACGGCGGUGCAGCGCAACAUGAUUCUGUGCCCGCCGACGCCAAUCACGACGCUCAUGAACGCAGGCGGCGCAGCGUCGGGCUCGGCGGCAGCGCAUCUCCGUCUUUUAAGCAAUAACGUGAGCCACGGCACCGUUGCACAAGUAACGGCCAGCAAGAGCAGCGGCGGCAACGCGUCGCGCCCCUUAGCCCGUCAGCCCUUCUUGGGGGGUUGCGAGGUCGGCACGUGGUGGUCAUUCUUGCCGCCGACAGCGGCGACGGCCGACGUGCUGGACUCGCUGCUGCAUGCGGGCGCAUUAAUGCAGGGUUUUGUGCCGGACGAGGAGCUGGACUUGCCCUACGUGCUCUUCUCGGAGCGGCAGACGUCCAUCAGCGCGUGUGGCGGUGGCGCCCGCGGGUUCGCGUCGGCGGCCGACGAAGACGACGAGGCCGAGGAUGACGACAUCAGCGACGGCGGCGUGGAGGAAGGCGGCAACGCUGAUGGCGAGGACGACUACGGGUACGACGACGAUGACGGCAGCGUAGCCGACGCCGGCGGCUACAAGGCGAUCCGCACGCCCCUCUCCGCCACGGAGCGACAUGAUCGUGGCAGGAGGCGGCAGAAGCGGUUUGACGCGCUGCCGGCACGACUGCCGAUGCGUCUCACCCCCCUCCACCACGCCAUCUUCGACUACCACCCCGAGCUGAUUCGCCGCCUCCUGGUCGACUACCGCGUCGACCCCAUGCACCGCGACUCGCAAGGCGCGACAGCGGUACACUAUGCCGCCCUAUGCACGCACGCGCAGUCGGUGCUGGAGCUGCUGCUCUCACCACAGGCUUUGGCGCCGAACACCAUCGGCAACAGCAAGAGCCGCCUGAGCAGCAACCCCGGUCCUGACGUGAUCACCGGUGCCGCAUCGGCAGUCGUCGGCGCAUCGUUCGCUGCCGCGGGGUCUUCGGACGUCCGCAUCGAUCUCAACGCCAUCGACAUGGCGGGCCGCACUCCGCUCUUCUACGCCGCCUACGUCGGCAACGCGACCGCAGUGCAACGCCUCAUCCGCUUCGGGGGCGCGACGCUGCUUUGCGGUAAGGCAGAUAAGGAUGGAUACACACCGCUGCACGUAGCGGUUCAGCAGCGGCACGCCGACAUCGUGGAGCUGCUCAUCCGCCACUCGAACCAGUUAAUGAGCAGCGCUGCGGGAGUAGGGCGCGGGCAGCCGGUGGACAUCCUCGUGGAGCUGCUCGCCAGCACCAGCAGCGGGGGUGGUUCGGCAGGACGCUCCUCGCGCGGCGGAACGCGUCUCAGUGCAAACCGCCGCAGCAGCAGCGUCUUGGCACCGGGGAGCGGCCACCACAGUCAGAGCGGCUCCCACAGCGCGGGCGAGCCGUCGUUGGCGAGUUUCACGGGUAUCGCGAACCCGGAGCUGCUUGUUAACGUGGAGGCGGUAGAGGGCGUGACGCACAUGACGGCGCUAGAGAUGGCGAUCAAGGCGCAGCAGCAACCGCCGCAGUCGACCUUUUCCUCGGCAUCUCUUUCGGAAGCGCAGGAGCUGCAGAAGGGGCGGCUCCUGCGCAUUGUCUCGGUGCUGCUCUCCGAGGCGCAGGCCAGCCCGCUCCGGCCGAGCGGGCUGGCCAACGGCGGUGCGCUGCUGCACCGCGCCGUCGCCGAUGGCGAAGUAGAGAUGACAGAGCUGCUCUUGUCGCAGUACACGGAUCCGAACGAGGUCGACGACGUGAAUGAGACGCCCCUCUUUCUUGCGCUUCGGCUCGCCGCGCCUGCGUCUGCGCCCCAGGCGAGCUCAGCAGAGCAGAAGCAGCAGCACCGCCUCCGUCGCACCUCGCUUAUUCGGGUUCUCCUGCAGUACGGCGCCACGCCCUACGCGCAGAGUAGCGUUCAUCUGCAGACACCCAUGCAUCUCGCGGCGAGCAGCCUGGCCGACGACGACGAGAUUGUCCAGCUCCUCUUCUACUCGACUCCCGACGCCGGCGGCAGCUACGGUGCAGUGCGCCGGCGGCGGCAGGAGCAACAGAGGCACCAACAAGCACCGUCCUACGCUGCGGACGUGAUGGACGGAGACGCGCCAGGAGUCAACUAUCCCCUUGGCGGCAGCACGGGAGGCAGCAGUAGUGCCAGGGGGCGCCACAGCAGCAGCGGCGGCGGGCCCACAGCAGGACGCAAGAACUUUGAGCGCCGCGUACGCGAGCGACGCGCACAGCAGCAGCAACGCCGCUCCUCGCCAUCCUCUUCAUUGCCAGGCAGGUCCGCGAGCACAUCCCCGGGUCCUCGCCGCAAGCCGUGGAGAGCCGCCGCCGCCGCCUUGUCCGAGAGUGAUCGCGGCUCGAGCGUCGCUGACGUUGAUGGCCCCGCCGACGAUCAAGCGUUGCUGGGGAACAGCAGCUUUGGCUAUCGCGAAGCCCGCAACCGCAGCGUUGCCAGCGGAGAGCAGGCGGGGGCAGACCAGAGCCUGACGCACACGGGGGAAGAGCUCGUGCCUGACAGUCGCGCCGGCGGCGACGCCGAUGAGGACGUGCUGCAGGACGAACAUCAACAGUUCCUGGAGCGACUGGCGCAGUGGCAAUGCGCGGACCACUUGCUGGAGCCGGAGAAGUGCUGGAUGCUGACGGAUGCGCAGGGGCAGACGCCACUGCACGUUCUCUGCAGUCGCUCCUCACCUGCCCUCCAGCGUAUGCCGGCUGUGCUGAAGCUUCUCGAAGACCUGCAAGCCGUGACACGCACCAACUCAGCUAUCGCUGCGGUGGCGGCCGGUGUCUUCGACGGCACGCGUGACGACGAUCAUGUUCUCUCGUUGUGCUGGCACCUUUCCGACGCGCAGGGCCGCACGCCGUUGCACGCGGCGGCGCAGAGCGGCUUCGUAGAGGCAAUGGAGCACAUUCUAAAGCAGGCGCCUCAAAGUGCUCUUGCUGUGGACAUGCAGGGCCGCACGCCGCUGCACGCGUGUGUGUUGAUGGCCGCCUCGCCAACCGCCGCCACAGCCGUCACUGCACACGCACAGGGCGACGACGACGACGACAAGGUGGAGCGGGCGACGCGGCUGCGACGCAUGCUGUCGCUGCUGCGUAGCGCCGUCGCCGCCGCCGCCGGCAACGGGGCGGCCGGGACGGCAAACCUUUCGCUGCAGUUGCAGCUCCAAGGGACACCAUUGCGUCGGGCCGCUGGCGACGUCCUGCCGUCACGCUCGAUGAAGACGAUCGCGACAAUGAGCAACGCUAUCGGGAGCGCCGCAGCGCCGCACUCCUCCAUUCAGCGCUUGGUUGCUUCUCUCGUGCAGGCGUCUUCCAUAACGGCUCAGCUGCAGCGUUGGCAGCAGUCGCGCCACUGGGGAUGUCCUGCUCUCGCCAUGAAAGGCAUCGGCAGCACCGGCGCCCACAUGCGUACAGCGUGUGGUGACGGCUUGGCAGCAGCAGCAGUAGCAGCAGCACCGGCUUCGCGCGACUUGCAGCCGAGCGACGGCGUCUUGACCUCUUCAGGCGCCGCGAAUGAGUGGAAGACAUACGUGCAGCUGCCAGAUGGACAAGGCCGGACAGCGCUGCUGCUGGCGGCGGAGGUCGGCAACGUCGGCGCUGCCCGAGAGCUCCUGAGAACCAUGUAG